AUGACUUCAGUAAACGUCAGGACACAAGGCGAUGACGAGAUCGAAACACACAUUUUGUCAGUGGUCGACAGCGAGACGCUCAAAGCUGAGGAAGCACUUGCAAAACAAGUCAAAGGAGUGAAUCGUCGCCCGCGCACCCAUCGUCGUCUAGUAGGACAGCAACUUGGAUUAGCUGAAGAUAAAGGAACAUCGCAGCAACAGCAUGACGUGGAAGAGGAGGAGGAUGUAGAAUCAGUACCUCGACCUUUAUCACAUGCCAAUAUCAGUCAACAACGACAAAGUGAGAGUAUGAUGAUUGAUGAGGAUGAGAUUCAAGUUGAAGAACACGACAAGGAGAAUACGGGUCGCGCCUUGUUUGGUUUCACUGCUGGAGUACGCAAAGGCAAAUCAACACAAUCAAUGAUGAAAAAGGCCAUGGAAGAACAAGAACAAGCAGCAGCAACGAAAGAAUUGGCACCAUCAGCACGUAGGAAGCGUGGAAGACCAUCCAAACAAAAAGACAAUGCAAAGGUGGAUCAUGCUAAACGACAACGGAUACAACGACAAAUGGAGCUCUUGAAAGACAAUCAACAAAGCGAUGCAGAAGACAACGCGACCGAUACCGAAGAAGAGGAAGAGGAAGAGGAAGAAGAUGAAGAGGAAGAGAAGAACGAUACACGACAACGAGAUGAUUCGGAUACAGAAGAUGUUGGCAAGGUUGAUGAUGCACCUGGUUACGAACGCUAUUUUCAAGAUUUACAUGGCAAAUCAAUGACAUCCAACAACACCAUGUCAAAGCUUGCUGUACUUGAGCCUGCAGAAUUCAAUGAAUUGCUUGAAGGUGCACCAAAAAAGCAUUCCGACGACAUUCAACAACUUGUUCAUAUGCACGAGCGACAUUAUCCACAAUGGUUCUUUGAAUUGAAUGCUGGUUUCAAUCUCCUUUUCUAUGGUUACGGUUCAAAGCGUCGCCUUCUCAACAAGUUUGCACAAGAAAUUCUUACCGAUGGUCCAUUAUUGGUGAUCAAUGGCUUCUUCCCAUCCAUUACGAUCAAAGACAUUCUCAACAAAAUCACCAUGGGCGCGCUACCUGAAGGAUUUGCUCCAAGCAGCACCAGCACACAAGAGAUUGUCACUUUUAUUUGUGAUUACUUUGCAAGUGAUGAGCGCAUCUACGACAAAUUGUAUCUUGUUAUUCACAACAUUGAUGGGAACAAUCUACGCAAUGACCGAACGCAAACAGCACUUUCAAUUCUCGCACACGCACCCAACAUCCAUCUUGUUGCCUCCAUCGACCAUAUCAAUGCACCUUUACUUUGGGACAGUAUCAAAACAAGCCGAUUCAAUUGGGUAUGGCACGAUGCUACAACAUACGAUGAUUACAUUGUGGAAACCAGCUUUGAAAACACAUUGCUUGUACGCACGAGCGAGAUGGGUGGUGCAAGAGGUGCUCAAUACGUAUUACGAUCCUUGACCAGUAAUGCUCGAGGUGUCUUCCGAGUCCUUGCCGAAUCACAGCUGAUAGAAAUGGAGAUGGCCAACUUUGAUCAUGCACGUGGAAACGAUUCAGUUGGAUUGACUUAUAGCCGAUACUAUGACAUGUGCCGAGAAGGAUUCUUUGUCUCCACGGAUGUUGCUUUUCGAUCACAGCUUACUGAGUUUCACGACCAUCACAUUAUCAAUUCCAAAAAGUUACUCGAUGGCACUGAGGUCUUUUUCAUUCCAUUGGACAAAAUGACAUUAACAGGCUUGCUUGAGGAAAUGGCUGAUUAA